UCGCGGUUCAUCACAAAUUUGUCGCAAAACUUCAUGGCAAUCGUCAGAAUUAUGGGAAUUAUACUGAUCGUUACCUGCAUAAUACAUUCAAUAACGUCAGCUUUAGCAGCAGUUGAUCCAAAAUGCGACUAUUAUCAAGACGUGAGCAUCGGGCAAAGAUAUUAUAUCUAUAAUCAUCAAUAUCCAUCCAAAUAUGCAGCUGGAACAUCGUGCCGAUGGGUUGGUCAAACAAGUCCUAACGCGGUUAUUAUUCUUACUUGUGAAGAUAUAAAUUUGCCACCUUCUAGGGACUGCCAGCAAGACAAGCUAAUAAUUUCGAAGUCAGGCGAUGCGAAUUUUCAGGAUGCACACAAUUAUUGCGGCAAAGGCACGUUGAGUACAGUUUCGGAAAGAAACCGAAUAUCUAUAGGAUUAACGGCGCCUUGGUACAGCAUGGGGGGACGAUUUUUGUGCACACUAACAGCAAUCCAGUCUUCAACCCCAACGGGCACCACCGAGUCGCCUGCAAAGUGUGAUUGUGGAUGGCGUCAACAUCGGCGGAUAGUUGGCGGUGUGCCAACUGGCGUUAACGAAUUCCCACUGAUGGCCGGACUGGUCCACUUACAGAAGAGAGAAAUAUCCUGUGGUGCCAGCAUUAUCGCGAGUAGGUACGCGAUUAGUGCCGCCCAUUGUGUCUUAAAUGAAACUGCCAGAACAUUUGGUUUAUUGGUUGGUGAUCAUGAUAUUAACACCGGAGAUGAUACCCCGUCAGCAGCAUUGUAUAUCAUAGAAAACAUCAUAAGACACCCUAUGUAUAAUUUGGGUUCGAAAGAAAACGACAUUUCCAUUAUCAAGACUGAGAAAACAAUUCCCUUUGGAGGCGAUGUUGGCCCGGUGUGUCUACCUUUCCGGUUUUCAAAUUUUGAUUUCAAUGAUCAAACGGUGUUGGCAUUGGGUUGGGGAACGACUGAGUUUACUGGACCAAGAGCACAGGAACUUCAAAAAGUAAAUCUUACUAUAGUUUCUAAUAACAAGUGUCAAGAAGAACUGCUCAAUGCGAAGAUUUUCAGUAGCGUGCUGUGCUCUUAUGGCGAUGGUAAGGAUGCGUGCCAGUAUGAUUCCGGUGGUCCACUUUUAUGGUACGAUAACGAAACGAGGAGAUUACAGCUGAUUGGUAUAAUUUCCUAUGGGAUUGGUUGUGGAGGUGGUUUCCCCGCUGUGAAUACUAGAGUGACCUCUUUUCUGGCUUGGAUAAUUUCGAAAACAUCCGACGCUGAUUAUUGUAUUAAAUAAAUAUUACUGGUGC